AACACCUCUACUCUACACAGAAUGAAAGAAACAUACUGGACAACAAAACAGGCUGUUAUUAAAAAACUAGGCAAGAAGGAAGAUGAACAUGUGGUAGCUUCUGACUCACAAUUAGACGCCAAGUUAGAGGUAUUUAAAGCAAUCCAGAGAUCUAGUAUGGAAUUAUUACGAGUCAUAGAAAGAUAUCAAGAUAGACUGUGUGGUAUG